GCCUCGACUUUGGGACUUGAAAGAACAGUGCAAGUGCUACUCGAUGCUGGUGCUGAUGUCAAUGCGACAGGAGGACGUUAUGGUAACGCGCUGCAAGCAGCGUCCUUGCAAGGUUAUGAGUUACUUGUCCGUGUGCUGCUGGGCCGUGGUGCAGAUGUCAAUGCAGAGGGCGGAACUUAUGGCACGGCUCUUCAAGCAGCAUCGUUCUACGGUUAUGAAAAGAUUGUUCAGAUACUGUUA